AAUGAAGCAGAUUACUCUUUUGAUAGUUUGUCUUGGAUACCAAAGCAACAUUUGUUGUGCUUUAACAUGCAAAAAUCGACGUGGAGGAUCCGUUGACUGGUUCAUCAUGUACAAAUUGCCAAAAACUACAACAGGCGACUCGUCAAGCGGGACCAAUUUCUUGUACAUGGAUAGAAACUCACCAUCUUUCAAAAACAGUCAAUUAAACAUUUCCAGUGAAUAUAACAACCCUUUAUAUAACACUCUUCGACCAUUGUAUAUGGAUGAUCAAUCAGGGAUUCAAUCAUAUGCGAUGUACAAUGAUCAACCACCAAUGCACACCGGAAGCAAAUCAAGUAGAGCCCAUUCAAAAGGAGCAGUUGCGUUUGGCGAAACAGAGGGAUUUUGGAUCAUAUCUAGUGUUCCACGUUUUCCAUGGCCAGCAAGUGGGUCGACUGGAUACAAUUACGGUGAAAGUCAAACAAAGAAAGGACAAAUCAUACUAUGUGUAACCGUACCUGAAAACAUGGAAGACAAAAUAAAGCAAAUAUUCAAGACAACAAAUCCGUUCAUAUAUGAUGAAAACAAUUUCACAUUGGAGAGGAGAAGGGGAAAUAACCCCUCGUACCUGUAUAUGGAUUUCAGAACAUCUGGCGGUGAUCAACUGAAAGUGUUUGCAAAGCCAAAACGUUGUGAAGAUGACAUAUACAGUCACUUUAUUGCUCCAGUGCUUCAUCAAAGGUUACUUGUUCAAUCAUGGAUGGCAAAACUAGACGAUGAUGACUGGGUAUUAUGACAUUAAAC